AUGGCUUUGUCAUGUAACGGCUACCUAGUUGUAAAUAGGAGUCUUAUGGUGAUAGUCAAUGAGCAAGGAAGGAUUUAUGAAAACCCCAUGGGACGCAGCUGUAUGGAAGGCCAGAAGGACAUAGAAGAAAACGAGGAAUAUUCACUUUUGCAGCAGAUGUUCGUAGUUCGGUUUUUAGGCUCUAUGGCUGUUCAGUCCGAUGACACAAGCGAGGUGAUUUAUGAAGCUAUGAGACAAGUGUUAGCUGCUCGUGCCAUUCACAACAUAUUCCGUAUGACUGAAUCCCAUCUCAUGGUCACCAGCAAGAACUUGAGGUUGAUAGAUCCUCAAACCCAAGUUACACGAACAAGUUUUGAACUUGCCACCGUGACACAGUUUGCUGCUCAUCAGGAUAACAGGCGACUGAUUGGCUUUGUGGUCCAUCUCAGUGAGACUCUGGGAGAAGAAUCCAUGAGCGCAUACGUUUUUGAGAGCAACACAGAAGGGGAAAAGAUUUGCUACGCCAUUAGCUUGGGAAAAGAAAUCAUUGAGGCACAGAAGGACCCAGAAGCAUUAGCUCAGCUAAUGAAGUCUGUGCCAUUAACAAAUGAUGGAAAGUUCAUGCUUCUGAAUGAUCAGUCAGAAGAGGAUGGAGCCACGCAUGAAGAAGGGGAGGAAUCAGAAGCAUAA